AUGUCAACGAAUCAGCAAGAUCUAGAUCCGGGUAAUACUGUAAAUGUGGAUGAUGUUACAGACACUGAAAAAGAACUUAUUAAAGAAUGUGAAGAAAUAUGGAAAGAUAUGGAAGAAUGUCAGAAUAAAUUAUCACUUGUUGGAACUGAGACACUUACCAACUCUAAUGCUCAGCUAUCAUUAUUAAUUAUGCAAGCUAAAUUUUUGGCUGCUGAACUCAGUCAAUGGCAGAAAAAAACUCCCAAAAUUAUUCCACUGACUGAAGAUGUUUUAGUAACAUUAGGAAAAGAAAAGUUCCAAAAAUUGAAAUGUGAUCUAGAAGUGAUAUUGUCUGCUAUUCAGUCAAAGAAUAAAAAGUUAAAGGAAGACUUGGAGAGGGAGCAACAGUGGUUGAACGAACAAGAACAAGUACUGGAGUCUCUUAAUACACUAUACAGUGAACUGAAAAACCAGGUUGUACCAUUUUCUGAAUCAAGAAUCUUAAAUGAGCUGAAAACUAAAAUGCUUAAUAUCAAAGAAUAUAAGGAGAAGCUCUUGUUCACCUUGGGUGAGUUUCUAGAAGACCAUUUUCCUCUACCUGAUGGAAAAGUUAAAAAGAAAAAGAAAAACAUUCAAGAAUCAACUGCACAGCUGAUAACACUCCAUGAAAUGUUAGAGAUCCUUAUAAAUAGAUUAUUUGAUGUUCCACAUGACCCAUAUGUCAAAAUUAGUGAUUCCUUUUGGCCGCCUUAUAUUGAGCUGCUGCUGCGUAAUGGAAUUGCCUUGAGACAUCCAGAAGAUCCAAAGCGAAUAAGAUUAGAAGCUUUCCAUCAGUAA